AUGAAGCAGAUGCCGGACGGGAGGGUGGUGAUGACCAAGGCGGCGAAGAAGAGGGAGGCGAGGGCGCGGCGGGAGGCGGAGGCUGCGCAGCGCGAGGCGCGAGAGGACGACUGCUUGGGCGGCGCUCUGCUCGAGGCUCUGGGGGACGAACGGCCUGUCGCGGGCGAUUCCAUCGGCGGGAGAGGCCGCUUCACGGCGGAGGAGGACGCGGCGUACCUGGCGCUGCUCAACCACUCGUGGACAGCGCACAUCAAUGCCUUCAGCCAGGCCCCGUCCGGGCUCUGGCAGAAGCGCACGAGUGGCCCCGCCGAGCGGCGCAAGGCGCCGUCCGGCGGCCUGUACACAAAGGCGGAGUUCGUGGCCCUCUACGGAGGGCGCGCCGAGUGGGAUGCCGCCGCCGCAGGGGGCGCGCAGGCGGGCAGCAGCCGCGCUCUCCCGCCGGUCUCGCCGGCGGUGGCCCGAAAGCUCGAGUGGUGGGUGGCGGCCAAGCGCCGCCGCGAUUUUGUGACCUCUGACCAGCUGCGUGCCGAGAUCAUGAGGGACGCCGGCUUCAACCCCGAGGACGGCAGACCAGUGCCGGGAUGGCUGCCGCCAGGGCCCGGCUGGUUCGCAGGAGGCUACGUUUAG